GGCCGAGCCCUCGGCUCAGUACCAAGCGGCCGUCGCGAGCUCAGUCCGAUCGCGCGAACGCCGCUGUGCGCAAUUCCUUCCCCCCAACCGGUCUUUUUUUUUCCGAUUCAUCGUGGUGGUGUUGUUUUCUUUGUCGUCCCUUCCUUUGGUUGAUACUCGGUUGACAAGUGACUGCGGGUGAACGUUUUUGCCGGUGUUUCGGGAUCGGAGUUCGGACGAGGUUGUUGUAUAGAUUUCGGGACACAGGAAGAGGAAACUCUUUCAGCGUAGUCAGAGUAUAGUAGUAAGACUUUAAGCAAAGCAGCCAAGAUGGUAUGUUCUAUUGAUGAUAAUAUCGCCGACGAGCUGCCGGCAGAACAGAUCGCUGUCCUGCGCAAGGCCUUCGACAGCUUCGAUAGGGACAAGAGCGGCAGCAUCCCCACCGACAUGGUCGCCGACAUUCUCCGGCUGAUGGGUCAGCCUUUCAACAAAAAAAUCCUCGACGAGCUCAUCGAGGAGGUCGACGCCGACAAAUCUGGCUUUCUCGAGUUCGACGAGUUCGUGACGCUUGCUGCCAAAUUCAUCGUCGAGGAGGACGCCGAGGCUCUUGAGAAGGAGCUUCGCGAAGCCUUCAGGCUUUACGACAAAGAAGGUAACGGAUACAUCCCAACAACGUGCCUGCGCGAGAUCCUGAGAGAACUCGACGAUCAGCUCACGGACGAGGAACUCGAUAUUAUGAUCGAAGAGAUUGAUUCCGAUGGCUCUGGCACCGUCGAUUUCGAUGAAUUCAUGGAAAUGAUGACUGGGGAAUAAUAAUAAUAAUAAUAAUAAUAAUUCAUCGUCAAAUAGCUGCUACGACGAUUUAUUCCACAGCGAGCUGGGGAUGAAGAAUCUGCUACCAAAAGCUACAUAAUAUAUAAAGAAAAAUCAAAGCUCAUCAAACAGCUAAUCAAUAAAAAAAAAAAAUAUAUAUAUAUAUAUGUAUACAAACGUAUAUCACGUAACCGAAGAGGCGCGCAUAAAAUUCGUACCUCCUUACAAUCUACCUUUAAGCGCUUUCGACACACACACACACACACACACACGCUUGCAAACCAAUACAUGUACCCACAUAUGUAUGUAUGUAUAAUUGACACACGUACAAGUAUACCCACACACCAUGACCGCCAGCAGUUUCUAAUUUUACAAUCCGUCUCGACGCCGAGAGCCGCCUCGACUUUCUCAGCACUUUCGGCUGCUUCACUGUGUACAGCUCAAUCAUAAACGUGCUAUCGAGCGAAAAUCAUAAUAAGAAAGAACAAAAAAAUACCCAACAUUGUAAAUUACAUUAUUUUGAAAAGGAAAAAAAAAAAAAAAAAA